AUGGUUGAAGGUUCAGCGCUGCAGACACAACUGGAGAAGGAAGGGAUGUUGGGAUUAGGAGGUCUGGGCAUCAUCCGCCAUAUUGUCAGCCAUCAGACACCUGGAUCCGUUAUCCGCGUCAUAUGGAACAGAGAGCAUAGCACCCUGCAACACGAGUAUCUCCUACUGCGCAUCAAAGUCCAAGAUGUAGCAGAGAUCUCAUGGGUUAGACUUGAACGAAUGGGCGACUUAGGCAAGCAAGCACCAAACAGCGAAGCGAAAUUGAUGUUUAUACCGGCACCUACUAUGUCGAGUCUUGUUCACCAUGACGACAAGACUAUACAUGAUGUCGACCUGGAAUCUUCCCCGCCAACUCUGGCGAACAUGGCCAACAUACUCUCCAUCAUCCACCAAGUGGCGUCCGACUACACCUUCCUUCACCAUAAUUGUUGGUGGUUUGCUAGACAAACCUUCACCGUUCUCUUCACUCGUUUCAUG